AUGAAAUAUCGUUAUUACUACUUGAAAAGCAAGUAUGCAAUUUGGUUGAAAUUAAAAAACAAAACCAGGAAUCUCUAUAAUCCUGUCACAAACACGUUUCAAAUGACGGAUGAAGAGUGGAAAGCGGAGGCGAAAUUAAACAAGAUGGUUGAGAAAUUAAGAAAUGCACCCCUCAUUUACCCUGAACUAUGCACCCAGUUGUUUGACGGUGCGACCUCGACUAGUGCUGCUAGUUGGGGACCAUCUUCGACACUCCCUUACCUUGUAGAAGUCUUUACUACACAAGAUGAUGAUGAUAUCGAGAUGGUAGAUACUCCACCUCAAAUGGAUAUCCCAGCCUCAGCUUCAACAGUACCCCCACCUACAAGUGCAACAUAUGCAAGUGGAGAUUCGUCUGGUCAGUCCAAAAACAAAAGAGGAAAAUGA